AUGGGUUCGUCUAUUAUAGUAGUGGAUAAUGGUUUAGCAGACUCUGUUAAGGAGUAUGCACAGAUUAUAGAUGGAGUUAGGGGCAACGAUGAGUUUAGUAAGAGUGUUGAAUCACAUUUACUUAAACGGAGUGGUGAUGAUCAAGUUGAAAUUGGUGAUAAACGUGAAUUAUACGAAAAGAUUAAACAGGCUUCGACGGCGGAAGUUUUAGGGAAACUCACUGAUAAAGAAUUCGAGCCCACUAUAUACUUAUUGAUCCAUGUCUUAGCCGAGUUGACCUCCGUUGAGGCUGUUUUGAGUGACGAAAGCUUUGCAAUUGACCGUUUAGUUGUUUCCAUCAAUCCAACACAUCCAUUAUCGCUUAGGGAUAGGAAAUCUAUAAAGUCAUCCUCAGUAGUGUCUAUAUUGAGUACGAUUUUCAACUUGUUGCCUCAAGCUUCAAAAGUUAGAGGACAAGUAUUAAAGGAGAUUUUAAAAGUUUUGGAGACUUCAGGAAUUACGUUUCUGUCGGUUCAAGAGAAUUUGGGCUCGAAUAUUGUCUCAUGGCUAAAGUCUAGUAAUGCUCUGGAAUCUGAAAUCAAGGCGGCAUUUUGGGAUUUUAUUGCAUUGGACUCAUUGUAUUCAUUGAAAUCAUUACAUUUCAUAAAAAACUUCACCCAUUCAUAUUCAUUAACCGAGAAUGAGUUGACAAAGAUGAUUGAGUUUGCACUCAAGUCGAAAGUAGUCGAUGUUUCAUUCUUGGUCAAUAACAACGUUGCCAAGGCAUUGGACUCCUUUAACGAUUGUAAAUUGUCACAAUUAUUCCUUGCAUAUGUCAAGGGCGAACUAAUUCAAAUAGAAAACAUACCAUCAAACUUGCCACAGGAAUUCAUCCAUCAGAAAUCAAAGAUAUUGAGCUUGGCAAAGUAUUUUGCAGAUUCAAUCACAUUAAAAGAAGAUCACGAUGGUAUUUUAUUUACUUAUGAAGAAGUACCUAAUAUCUCAAGUGAAUUGGAGUUUCAAGAAUUAAUAGUUGAAGCAAUAACAGCAGGCAUCGUUGAAGGGAAAUUAAAUCAGAUUGACAAUACUUUUAGCUUGAGUAGAGUUAAUAGAUUUGUUAUUGCUGGUGACAAUUCAGCAAUUGCACAGAGUUGGGAAAUCGUUAAAGCUGUAUUGCAACAGUGGUCACAGUCUAUAAGCAAUAUAGAUGAGAUUGUUAGGCAAACAAGAGAAAAUAUAGUUAAUGGGGGUACCAACUAG